AAUGGCUGUUUCACAAUAUCUUUCAUUUAUGCUGGAAGAGGUAAACAAUCCAAAUCAGACAAAAGAGGAGCGUGAGCUUCGUUGGGAUGAAUAUGUUAAAAUUAGACGAAGUUUUCAAACAAUUACUAAUGAAAGCGAUUAUAAUACUUUUGUAGAAAAAGGUGAACGCCGUCUUAGCCACAAUGCACUAAAAGGUGCGUUGAUGAUCUACUUCUAUAGGGAUAUGCCUCGAUUUUCUCAACCAUACCAAAUCCUUUUUCAUUUAAUGGAUAUUGACUCUUUAUUGCAAAAGUGGCGAUAUAAUCAUUUGAUGCUAGUUCAACGAAUGUUGGGAAGCAAAAUUGGAACGGGAGGAAGUAGUGGAUAUAUGUAUUUACGCUCAACAGUCAGCGAUCGCUACAAGGUCUUUCUUGAUCUAUUCAAUCUAAGUACUUGGCUGAUACCGAGAAACUACAUUCCUAAACUUUCCCCUAAAAUGAUGAGGACACUUUCGGGAACAUGA